AUGAACACUGACCUGGAGAUAGAUCCACUUAUAGAGACUCUCCAAAACAGUCCCAGCGUGGACCAGCUCCAACUGGUACUACUAAAGCUACUGAAGCUUUUUGGUAGUCCGGUUCAGGAGCUUAAGGUCGUACUUGUAUUGCUAGACUGUACGAUUCCUCAGAUAUUCGAUUUACUCGAUGCCAAUCUUCAGUCACAGGUAGUACAUCUAAUUAAGUCUAUCCGAGGCCUUGGAAGUUUAAUGAGUAAACUACAACUUUUAUUUAAAGCUAAGCUGUCCCACAAGUUGCUCCAGACGUAUAUUAAGGUGUUGGUGGCGGUUUUCGACGAUGAGUUACUUUGCAGCCUCCGUGCGAAAAGUGCUCUUGAGGUUAAUGAAAUAGAUACGCUUCUUUUCAAGGGGAGGGCGUUGGGGGUUUUCAACGAGGCGGUCGAACUAAGCGGGUCUGGGGAUCUGUUUGAGUUUGCAUCUAUUGACGCAUACGUUGCAUAUUUGAGUAAUCAGCUCAAAAAGACUGAACUUCCAAGUGCUUCUUUCAAUAGGUAUUUUAUCAGCUUAUUGGGAUUGACUGAGUCUAGUUAUUUAUUUGUGUUUGAUGAAUUUUUCAACGAAGUGUCGUGGACCUCACUACUAGUGUACUUGAAGCAGAUGAAACUGUUCCAGAAGAAGCUGUUCUUUUGGAAGUUUCUCCAGUUUCUUUCCAAGCGCAAAGUUCUUGAAGGUGAAAGCUACGAAAAAGUAGAUGCUUGUGCCAGUAUAUUGACUCCAGUCAUUGAAGACAGUUAUUUUGAUAAAAAUACCGUGGAGAGUGCCUUACGGUUAGACGACAAAAACAUUAGCACUUUGGUGGGAUUGGUAAGUCUGCAGAAAUCACAACUCUUUGAACUGACAUUCCAGAACUGGACAAGUCCUUUAUUCAUAAAGUCCGAGCCUCUAGGCCUUCAGGAAACCCGAACCCAUUUCCUUAUCCAGUUGCUCUAUCUCCAACCUGCAUCAUUUUCAAGCCAGCUUAUUACUAAACCUUCGUUUUUACAAGGGAUUUCUAACAGAUUGGGCUCUUAUUCAACUGCAGUGAGAGUAUUUGCCGUCAUACUUGCAGACAAGGCUUGUGAGAUUGGAAAUGUAAGUAAAAUUUUUCUGAUAAGCAAUUUGGAAGGAUAUGAUUAUUUGUUGCAAGACUCCAGCUAUCAAAAGCGGUUGCAAAGGCAUGCUGCGAAAACAUGCUGGGAAAUAGUUCAAGCUCCAAUAGUGUCAACUGAUACUGAAUCAAUUAAAGACUUGUCCACUGCCAUAAGCAAGCUUGACUUCACGAAGACUUAUAAAGAUUCUGAUGAUGAGUCGACUGGAGAUAGUGAUGAUGAAGAUGAUGAUCCUUCUAUUGGUCAAAGGAUCAAACUCUCGUCCCCAAUUUACAUCAAGGAAUUGUUGAGCUAUCUUUCGGUAGAUACAAAACACCCACAGGCCUAUGAUAUGAUAAAAUUGGCUUUGACCCAAGGUCCCACAUUAAUAAGGCAAAAGUCACAUUUUGGAGUAGAGGUGUCUUCUAACGCUGUUCAAUUACUCCAGACACUAGUAGGUCUUCAGGACCAGUUUAAUGAGCCUAAAUUUGAAGACUUGAAGUUAAAUUGUAUUAUUGCAGUACUUGUUGGUUGCCCAGAGAGUGCAUUGGAUAUCUCUAAAAUGUUAGGAACUGGUGACUAUUCUCUUCAGCAGCGAAUGAUGAUAUUGACAGGUCUUUCACUUGCUGCUAGAGAAAUCAGAGGGUUCAAGGACGAGAUUGUAACCAAGUCUUAUAAAGAAAAGGUGUUCCCAACGAAGCGGUUGGCUCCUCGGUUACAUGCAAAGUACUUGGCUCUCGAUUACAUCAAACAGGGACGAAUUGAAUACGAACCGGAAGGCUUGAAACGAGCACAUUUAUCAAUUCAAAACUCUCUUAUACUAGAAGACUCACAAGAAGCAGCUGACCAGCUCCAGGGAGGAAAGAUCCUUAGGAUCUCAAGAAAUAUGCGGCCCAAACAAAGUCAAAACAUCCUCACACCCAAAUAUGACAACUAUUCUACCCUCAUCAGCAAGUAUUUCUACUUCCCAUUGACUCAUUUGUGGUAUGAAUCGGGAGGAAUCAACAUUGGUCAUUACUCAGGAUUGUUGAUUGGACACUACGUGAAAACCAUGGCCUUAUUGCUUCACUGCUCAUUUGCUUCCCUAACAAACAAUGAUAUGAUCCGUGAGUUUUUGCUCAUUGCAACUGACAUUGCUAAAACCUCAACCGCUGAACAGACCCAAGUUAUUGAAGGAGUGAUCACUGGAAUGCUUCUCAUUACUGAUAUUUCAGAUGAGGAACAUUUGGUAAUAAACUUUAGCAGUAACCUCCUUUCGAUCCAAAGCUGGCUUAUUGGCUUAUGGGAAGCAAUUAUAGACGAACAAAUUAAGAGUCUAUGUGCUGGAUUUCUUCUUCGCCUUUCAAAGAUACUUGAUAAGUACCAGGCUACAAUAAUGGACCAAUUAAAUAAUGUAUACUAA